CGUCCUUCCAUCUGAGCCUUCCUCAACUUCAAACCUCCAACCGUCACCCGCCAAUUUUACUGCACCACGUUUUGGCCACUGGCAUUUGGAAAUCACAUCCGUCUGCGAAGAAGGGUCUGAAGGCAAUUUCCAUGCUGAUCAAACAUUUCUUUCUUCCUCUUCCCGAAACUCACUCCGCCAUCGCGGCUCGAGAACUUUGGGUUUUCAGGCCUCAUGAGCCUCUUCUUUCUACCGGCUGUUUGCAACAGUGUUCCCGCUUCACCUCAGCCGUUGACAUGUUUAUAUCAAAGGAUACUACCUUCACGGAGUAUCCCCCCUCCAUAUCCGCGGUCUCAUUGGCCAGUUAAUGCUCCUUCGGCAGAGAAACUGCUUCACAUCUCAGCCUUGCAGCUGACACUCGACAUUAUCCCCGUCUCACUUUUCUCACCUCCUCUUCUUCGGCUUGGGCCCUUCUGAGGGUCCUACAUAUCUGUGGUAGGCCGGAUACCAGCCGACGAGCUGGUUAAGCCGCUAUGGUCCCCCUAUCUUUACGUUAUCACCACCCACUCUGGCCGUCUCUUUGGUCUCCAAAUAUGCACAGAAUACACAGUCUUGCCCGCGAUUUCCGCCAGUUGGAUCAUCCUGACUUGCCGUUACAUGCCGUGUCCUAUCACUUACCGACACCCGUCAUUGCGCAUUAAUCCGUCAUGAAAACCUGGUCGUGAUCACGACUACCCAAGGGUUGCGGAGUUAUAUGACGAGACUGGACACUCACUCCGCCAGUCUCAUUCAUCAUCAUAUCCGAUAUGAACCGGCCAUAUCCAAGUGCACAUAUGGUUGUUGCUACUACGAGGCAAUCUUCGCUUGUUCAUCGAAACAUAGCUGUUUGAUAACACCUGGACAUCGUCAAAAAGGUUCUCCGGGCUCCUCACAAGGCCUCCGUUCUGAAAGCGUCACGGCAUUCGGAAACACACACGCGACGGGACAGCUUCCCGUAGUCAUGAUUUGGUACCGACGGUAUUCUCCGCUGAAACAGGACAUCGUGAACGCAUCCACGCAUAUGGCGGCCCUGCAUAACCGCUUCAACCUUCCAUUCAGGAGUCGCUUCAUGAGACAUGCCACACACUGGCUAGUUGCUGCUUGGUUCACUAGCCUAUUGUUUACCUUGCCUCGCCUCACGGUUCUGUCAGUUACUAUCAAUUUGAAGUAUGACGAACUCACCGUGGCAGAGUGGCGUGUGAGUGUCUCCAAACUUCCCGAUCCCAUCUGGGCCCAUCAGGUCAUCACCGCCUUCACUUGAUAUCCGAAAAGGGUAACAUCCACAAGGCGUGGGACGCUCCGAGCUACCGCUUAUCUACAAGCGCGGUGGACCGGGAUAGGUCAUGAGCUCGUGGUAAUUUGUCCAUCGAUUUGCAGUAACAUCCAACGUCGAAGCCGAUCGCACAGUAGCGCCACUGGCAGAUUCGAUAAAAUCCACGCUGCCACGAGGAACGAAUGUCAAAGCUUCGACCUGAGACCCAACCAAAACCCUUCCACGCUCCGACUGAUGGAACCCCUGCCUUGCCAACCUUGGCCACAUAACACCCCCGUCUCUACUUCAUCUUCACUCCCGGGCCCUGGUUUCUUUUUCUCCACGGUCCACUCUUAACCCCCGUCCUCCGCAUUAUUCUCUGGGUCCCUUUCUUGCUGGCCUGUCACAAGACCCUGGUGAGGUGAAUCGCGAUACUGCCCUUCAUCAAACUGUUUGACAUUCAUUUUCCCCCCACGACUGUCACGACAGGUCACAUACCCAAUGAACUGGAUAUCAGCUAUCAUACCAACCUGCAUACAUCUUCUAUUUCAGAGACACAAUCGUUGGUGUAACCACAAGCGGAAAGCUUAUCGUGCCUUACUUCAUCAACAUUGCAUCAUCGGCUUUAUAAAUUGUCGCCCAUCUAGCGUUAACCUGUCAAGACGAGCGUGGGUGGUGGUGGAUCUACGCAGACUAUCGAGCAACACCGGGAGCACGCGUCAUUCCAGGUUCCAAGUUAUCCCGGAUGAUGCUAUCUAUGACUGGGCACGACAAGAGGUAGAAUAUGGGAGAAGUGAUGUUUGAGCUACAGACGUGAUCCAUACGCGGGCAGGGAAGUGAUGGAAGGGACUGAAUGGACUUGAGACAUGGACGGUGACCUGAACCUGAACCUGAACCUGAACCUGAACCUGAACCUGGACCUG